AUGGUGGUCACGUACUCUCACUUUCGCUUUCUCACCCUAAGCAACCUUCACAACAUAUCGGCAUCAGAUGUCAACUAUCUCGAGUCCCAAGGUUGCCUUCAUGUUCCUACGCGGCCAGUGCUGGAUGAUUUUGUCGAGCAGUAUUUUCUCCACGUUCACCCAAUGGCCCCCAUCAUCGACGAGGGUAACUUCUGGGACAUGUAUGCGCAGAACCUCACAGAUAAAGGCGAAAUAAGGCUGGAUACUGUAUCCCUUGUUCUUUUCCAGGCGAUGCUCUUCAGUAGCUGCACGCACGCCCGAUGUUUGGGCGCCGACAAACUUGCUGCGAGACCAGAUGCGUCAACCAAGGGCCAAGGGAGCCUCCGCCGUCUCUGGUGGUGCUGUAUUAUCGCAGACCGCAUCAUGUCGCUCUCUGCCCGUUGCCGACUGUUGAUCAGUCACUCUACAUUCAAUUUCGGGAGCAGCACGGCUCUUCAAGCCUCAGAUCUCCAGGAUGAGGUUCAUCGAUCGAGCGUCUAUAAUCCUGUGAGCAAGAAGAGUCUGAAUUGUCUCUUGGGGGUAUCGACUGAUUUCAUGGUGAUGCUAACCGACGUUCUUGAAAUCACCUUCCCGUUGAGGGAUCUCUCUGUGGCUAAGAAAAACAUGGAUUUUGAAGAGCCUAUCACAAUCGCAAAAUGUGAGAGUGCUAUGAAUCGGUGGUUCAGUCAUGCCUCAAUGAUAUUUCCGCCCUUCGAGCAGCCAAAUUCUUACACUGAGAGAAGGCCAACUCUUCACAAAUCUGUCGGCCUACACAUUGGUAUUCUAUAUAUUUAUUACCACCAUGCAAGAAUCGCCUUGCAGCACUGCAAACUAUCUUCCUACCUGAGGUCUGCCACCGAUCAGACAGUAGAGCCAACUGCCCUGCUCGAGAUUCGAGACAAUCUGCAAGAUGCAAUAGCAAGCAUGUCGCAGUUAUUCAGCAACCUGAACAGGCUUCGAAUCGUACGGUGGUUACCUGUCAGCGCAAUUGGAUGUAUGGCAAUACCACUUGCACUGAGCGUUGUGACAGCGAAAUUGGGAACGACCAAUGCUCCCUCUUCGCCAAUUCACUCUUCGGGCACCGGCUCGGAUAAUCACAGUCUGAUUGCUUUCACCGAAGCCUUGAGCUCCUUCUAUCCCCAAUACGACGACGUCGAGCUGAUAAAGGCAGCCGUCAGACAAGCAGCAGACCAGGUCGAGACUGUAUCCCAAACGCACGACAUGUGGGCCCUAAGCUCAACCUGGACGGAAAUUCUGCUAAACAACCCGAGCUCAUACCUCAGAAUAGUUCUUUUGAUUGAUAUAUGUAUUAAUAAGGGAAGAGUUGCAGAUGACCAAGACUUGCCUGAGUGGCUGUUGUGUCGGGACAAAGUCAACAGCCCGGGCGCCUUCCUGGAUACAUUGCAGGAAACAACUCUACAGGGGUUUUCUCCAACUUUGGGAGGGCUAUUAUUGUCUCAAAUGGCAGAACUUGGAGAAUGA